CCCCCCCGCCUUUUUCCAACAUGGCUGCCGUGUCUACUCUCAAGUAACGCUCAGACUGGAGACUGACUCGACUUCUUUCAGUGCCUGUUAGCUGUCGGCGUCCAUCCUCCUCGCCUGGACGCUAGUCAGCGCCAGCGCCGCGUCCCCGGGUCUUACUGAGAGGAGUAAUAACCUUCACCAAUCACUCCCUCCACCGGGCCUUUUUAACCCCAAAACAACCACCACAGCCGACAACAACAGCUCCCACGGCCAUGGUUUGAGCACUCAGCUUUCCUCUUCAUGAACAAUGUGUGAAAACUGCGCCGAGUUGGUGGAGGUUUUAAAUGAAAUAUCAGAUGCAGAUGGCAGUGAAGGUGGCUUCCAGCUAAAGAAGGAACAUGCUCUGCGAGUGCUUGGCUACAUCAGCUCCUGGACCCAGAGGCAAUGUCUCUGCUGCUUCAAAGAGUACAAGCAUUUGGAGGUUUUUAAUCAACUAGUUUACGCGCUCAUCAACCUGGUCAUUGCUCAGAUAAGCAACCUGAGAGACCGUCUCUGCAAUGUCCAAGACCGCACGCACAAAGGGGGCGUGUCUGCAGCCGAGGGAGCGGGGUCUGAGUGGGGCGGAGAUGAGUCUCCACCUGGCAUCCUCCCCCAGCCCCCCUCCCCCGGGGAGGACGAACCUGUUAAUGUGGAGAGAGACUCUGCUGAAGAGGAUGUCGACAUGCCGGACCUAAACCAGAACAAGAUCCAGGGUCCGGAUCAGGAGCCUAAUCAGCCGACCGCAGCCCAAGUGGAAGCGCUGGGACCGGCAGAUCGCAGCCAUGACUCUGGGGAGGGCGACGGCGCUGCCGGAGGACGCAGUGACAGCAGUGACUGCCAGGAUCCCUUCAGCUCUUGGAGUACGGAGGAACGAGAGAAGCUGCUGCUCUGUGCAGCCAAGAUUUUUCAGAUCCAGUUCCCCCUCUACACAGCCUACAAACACAACACACACCCCACCAUAGAGGACAUAUCUACUCAUGAAAGCAACAUCCUUGGAUCCUUUUGUGACAUGAAUGAUGUGGAGGUGCCUCUUCACCUGCUGCGCUACGUGUGUCUGUUCUGCGGGAAGCACGGCCUCACCCUGAUGAAGGAAUGCUUCGAGUGGGGCUCUCCAGAGAGCCUCCCCUUCCCCAUCGCCCACGCCUUCAUCACCAUCGUCUCCAAUAUACGGAUAUGGUUGCACAUUCCUGCAGUUAUGCAGCACAUCAUACCGUUCCGCACCUACGUAAUACGGUAUCUGUGUAAGCUGUCGGACCAGGAGCUGCGACAGAGCGCAGCACGCAACAUGGCCGACCUGAUGUGGAGCACAGUGAAGGAGCCGCUGGACAGCGCAUUGUGCUUCGACAAGGAGAGCCUGGACCUGGCCUUCAAAUACUUCAUGUCCCCCACUCUCACGAUGCGCUUGGCUGGACUUAGCCAAAUCACAAAUCAACUCCACACUUUCAAUGAUGUGUGCAACAAUGAGUCACUGGUGUCCGACACAGAAACGUCCAUAGCAAAGGAACUGGCUGACUGGCUGAUCCACAACAACGUAGUGGAACACAUAUUUGGACCCAAUUUGCACAUCGAGAUCAUUAAGCAGUGCCAAGUGAUCCUGAACUUCUUGGCUGCAGAAGGCCGGCUCAGCACGCAGCACGUAGACUGUAUCUGGGCUGCAGCUCAGCUGAAACACUGCAGCCGUUACAUCCAUGACCUUUUCCCAUCACUCAUUAAAAACCUGGACCCUGUGCCUCUUCGUCAUGUGUUAAACCUGGUGUCUGGCUUACAUCCGAGCGCCCACACCGAGCAGACAUUAUACCUGGCCUCCAUGCUGAUCAAGGCUCUUUGGAACAACGCCCUUGCUGCAAAAGCCCAGCUCUCCAAACAGAGCUCCUUUGCCUCCCUGCUGAACACCAACAUUCCCAUGGGAAACAAGAAAGGUUCACCGGCUGCAAGUCCAGACAGCAGCGACAACAGCGACACGCAGCACAGCGGAGGCAGUGACAUUGAGAUGGACGACCAGAUGAUGGUGACGGGCAGCAAGAGGAACCAGCAGAGGCUGUCGGACACAGAGGAGUCGAUGCAGGGCAGCUCUGACGAGACGGCCAACAGCGUGGAGGAGGGCAGCAGCGGGCCGGGCAGCAGCAGCGGCCGCAGCGAGGCGUCCAGUAACGAAGCCGCCUCCAGCCGAGCCAGCCAGUCGGCCGGGAGCCCCGGUAGUGAGAUGCACUCCGACGAUAUGGCAGAUAGUGAGGCGUUAAAGGAGGAAGAGGAGGAUGAAGAAGAAGAGGAGGAUGAUGAGGAAGAGGAGGAUGACGAGGAAGAGGAAGAAGACGAAGGAAACCGGUCUGCCGCUGAAGGCAGCCAUCAAAAGGAAGCCCGGGAGCAGAUGGAGUCGAGGAAGAGGAAAGCAGGGGAGGCUCUGAGUGAGGGCCCGGGUCACGGAGUGGGACCCAUCGCUUCUGGGGCAGGAAGCAAGCCCAAAGUGCUGCCCUUUAGUCCAGAAACAUCUGCUGCCAUGGUUACGGCAGCAUCCACGUCUUUAGAGGGUCGUAUGAGGAUGCUGGACGCUUGCGCUUCAUCCUCUGCUCGUCACGAGGGGGCGGAGCCUCAGCAACAGUCUGCAGACAUCAGCCCUUCUCAGAUGGUCCAGGGGCCUCAGGAGCCGCCCUGUCUGCCCAGGCCCGGGGACUUCCUGGGAGAGGCCAUGGGGAGUGAGCUCUUCAACUGCCGCCGAUUCAUCGGCCCCCAGCAUCACCACCAUCACCACCACCACCAUCACCAUCACGAGGGUCCUAUGGUGGAGGACAUGUUGAGUGCUGAUGACGUUAGCUGCAGCAGCUCCCAGGUCAGCGCCAAGUCGGAGAAGAAUAUGGCCGACUUUGACGGGGAGGAGUCCGGCUGUGAGGAGGAGCUGGUCCAGAUCAACUCCCACGCUGAACUCAGCUCACACCUUCAGCAGCACCUCCCCAACCUGGCUUCUAUCUAUCAUGAGCACCUGGUGCAAGGACCAGCUGUUCAUAAACAUCAAUAUUCCAGCCACGCUGUCACUGAUAUCAACCUUGAUAAUGUUUGUAAGAAGGGGAACACACUGCUCUGGGACCUGGUGCAAGAUGAAGAUGCGAUUCAUCUGUCUGAGGGUCUCAUCAACGAGGCAGAGAAGCUUUUGUGUUCGCUGGUCUGUUGGUUCACCGACAGACAGAUACGAAUGCGCUUCAUCGAGGGUUGCCUUGACAACCUGGCCCAUCAUCGGUCAGUUGUGGUUUCUUUGCGUCUUCUACCCAAACUUUUCGGCACUUUUCAACAGUUUGGCUCCAGCUACGACACUCACUGGAUCACAAUGUGGGCUGAAAAAGAGCUACACAUGAUGAAACUGUUCUUCGAUAACCUCCAACACUACAUCCAAGAAGUUCGGGAGCACCGGCACAAGUUUGCUCUGUACAGCCACAGUGCAGAGGUCCAGGUCCGUCUGCAGUUUCUCACCUGCGUCUUCUCCACGCUGGGGUCACCAGAUCAUUUCAGGUUGAGUCUGGAGCAGGUGGACAUCCUCUGGCACUGUCUGGUGGAGGACGCCGAGUGCUACGACGAUGCGCUGCAUUGGUUCCUCAACCAGGUCCGCAGCAAGGACCAGCAUGCAAUGGGCAUGGAGACGUACAAGCACCUGUUUCUUGAGAAGAUGCCUCAGCUAAAGCCAGAAACUAUCAGCAUGACGGGCCUCAACCUCUUUCAGCACCUCUGUAACCUGGCUCGGCUUGCAACCAGCGCGCUUGAUAAUGCUUCCAGCUGUGAGCUGUGCGGCAUGGACCAGCUGUGGGGGAUCGCUCUGAGAGCUCAAUCUGCAGACAUCAGCCGUGCAGCCAUCCAGUACAUCAACUCCUACUACAUUAAUGCUGGUAAAACAGGACUGGAGAAGGAGCAGGAGUUCAUCAGGAAGUGCAUGGAGAGUCUUCUGAUGGCCUCGGCUAACCUGGAAAAAGACGCUCACUCCAGCCUGACCAGCAUCGAGAGGGGACUGCUCAUGCUCAAAACACACCUGGAGGCCUUCCGACGCAGGUUUGCGUACCACCUGAGGCAGUGGCAGAUCGAGGGGACGGGAAUCAGCAGCCACCUAAAGGCUCUCAGUGACAAACAGUCUCUGCCGCUCAGGAUUGUCUGCCAGCCCGCCGGCCUGCCCGACAAGAUGACUAUUGAGAUGUAUCCAAGUGACCAGGUUGCAGACCUGCGAGCUGAGGUGACCCACUGGUACGAGAACCUGCAGAAGGAGCAGAUGAACCAGCAAGCUCAGCUGCAGGAGUUCGGCCAGAGCAGCCGCCAGCCGGGGGAGUUCCCAGGUGGUUUGAUGGGACCGGUCAGAAUGAUUUCCUCUGGCCACGAACUCACUACAGACUAUGAUGAAAAGACGCUACAUGAGCUGGGCUUUAAAGACAUGCAGAUGGUGUUUGUCUCUCUGGGAGCUCCGCGGAGGGAGAGGAAGGGAGAGGGUGUGCAGCUGCCGGCCUCCUGUUUGCCUCCUCCUCAGAAAGAGCACAUUCCCAUGCUGCUGCUCCUGCAGGAGCCACACCUCACCACGCUCUUUGACCUGCUGGAGAUGUUGGCCUGUUUCAAACCACCCACUCCCAGCACGGAGAAGGUCCAGGAGAGCCCAGAGAAUGUCCGAUGUGAGGAGCUUCACCUCCAUGCAGAGAAUCUGUCCCGGCGUGUUUGGGAGCUGCUCAUGCUCCUUCCUACGUGUCCCAAGAUGCUGCAGGCCUUCCAGAACAUCUCUGAUGAAACGAGUGGAGAAGGUCUGUGCUGGAAGGAGCUGCUGAGGAUUAAAAGUCCCCACAAGCUCCUGUACGCUCUGGAGAUCAUCGAGGCUCUGGGAAAACCCAACCGACGGAUCCACAGAGAGUCAACUGGCAGCUACAGCGAUCUGUACCCGGACUCUGACGACUCCAGUGAGGAUCAGAUAGAGAACAGCAAGAACACCUGGAGCUGCAAGUUUGUUUCAUCCGGAGGUUUGCAGAUGCUCCUGGAGAUCUUCAACUCUGGCAUCCUUGAGCCCAAAGACCAGGAGUCCUGGACUGUGUGGCUGUUGGACUGCCUGGCCUGCCUGCUGAAGCUGAUCUGCCAGUUUGCCGUGGACCCUGCAGACCUGGACCUGGCCUAUCACGACGUCUUCUCCUGGUCCGGCCUCGCCGACAGCCAACGGAAACGGGCCUGGCCUGGCAAGUCCCGCAAAUCCACUGUGGAUCAUGGGAAAGGUCUGCACAUCCCUCGCUUGACAGAGGUGUUCCUCAGUCUGGUCCAAGGCACCAACCUGAUCCAGCGUCUCAUAAAUGUGGCUUACACGUAUGACAACCUCGCUCACAGAGUCCUCAAGGCUCAAUCUGACCACAGAUCCCGGCACGAAGUGACGCACUACUCCAUGUGGCUGCUGGUGAGCUGGGCUCACUGCUCGUCCACUGUCAAGUCCAGUUUGGCUGAUAGCGAGCACCUCCACGACUGGCUGAAGAAACUCACCCUGCUGGUGCCGGAGCCGGCAGUGAGGCACGAGGCGUGCAACGGCCUUUACAAGCUCUCAUUGUCCGGUCUGGAGGGAGGAGAAUCCAUCAACAGGUCAUUUCUGCUGCUCGCUGCUUCCACGCUGCUCAAGUUUCUACCCGAUGCUCAGGCCCUCAAACCUCUGCGGGUGGAGGACUAUGAAGAGGAGCCGCUGUUGAAGACUGGCUGUAAGGAAUACUUCUGGCUGCUCUGCAAGCUCAUCGAUAACAUCCAUGUAAAAGACGCCAGCCAGAAGGUCUCUCCCUGUCUGUCGCUGCCUGGCUCGAUGCAGACCACGCUGCUGGACCUGGACGCUCUGGCAAGACACCUUGCUGACUGCAUCAGGAGUCGAGAGAUCCUGGACCAGCAGGACGGCAGCAUCGAGGACGACGGGCUGACGGGUCUCCUGCGUCUCGCCACCAGCGUUCUCAAACACAAGCCUCCCUUCAAGUUUUCCCGUGAGGGGCAAGAGUUCCUGCGGGACGUCUACAACCUGCUCUUCCUCCUCCCCAGCCUGGCCGACCGCGCUCAACCCAAGUGCAAGUCUCACGCGGCGAGGGCGGCCGCCUACGACCUGCUGGUGGAGAUGGUGAAGGGCUCGGUGGAAAACUACCGGCUCCUUCACAACUGGGUCAUGUCACAGCACAUGCAAGCCUCUCACGCACCGUACAAGUGGGACUACUGGCCUCACGACGACGUCCGGGCCGAGUGCCGCUUCGUGGGCCUGACCAACCUGGGAGCAACCUGCUACCUGGCCUCCACCAUCCAGCAGCUGUACAUGAUCCCCGAGGCCCGGCAGGCCGUCUUCACUGCCAAGUAUGCUGAGGAGAUCAAACACAAGACCACACUGCUGGAGCUGCAGAAGAUGUUCACAUAUCUCAUGGAGAGUGAGAGGAAAGCGUACAACCCCCGUCCGUUUUGUAAAACCUACACGAUGGACAAACAGCCUCUCAACACAGGCGAGCAAAAAGACAUGACGGAGUUUUUCACCGACCUCAUCACCAAGAUAGAAGAGAUGUCCCAGGAGCUGAAACACACAGUGAAAACUUUAUUUGGAGGGGUCAUCACCAACAACGUUGUCUCUCUGGAUUGUGACCACGUCAGUCAGACGGCAGAGGAGUUUUACACCGUCAGGUGUCAAGUGGCAGAUAUGAAGAACAUCUACGAGUCUCUGGAUGAGGUGACCAUCAAGGACACUCUGGAGGGCGACAACAUGUACACGUGUUCUCAGUGUGGCAAGAAGGUCCGCGCGGAGAAAAGGGCCUGUUUCAAGAAACUGCCACGCAUCCUGAGCUUCAACACCAUGAGAUACACCUUCAACAUGGUUACCAUGAUGAAGGAGAAGGUCAACACACACUUUUCCUUUCCGCUGCGGCUCGACAUGACGCCGUACACCGAGGAUUUCCUCAUGGGCAAAGGGGAACGCAAAGAAGGUUUUCGGGAAGAGAGGGAAGGAAACGUGACGGAGAGCUACGAGUACGACCUGAUUGGUGUGACGGUGCACACGGGCACCGCAGACGGAGGACAUUACUACAGCUUCAUCAGGGACAUCGUCAACCCCCACGCUUACAAGAACAACAAGUGGUAUCUGUUCAACGAUGCCGAGGUGAAACCCUUUGACUCGGCCCAGCUGGCCUCCGAGUGCUUUGGAGGAGAGAUGACGACUAAAACGUACGACUCUGUCACAGACAAGUUCAUGGACUUCUCCUUUGAGAAGACGCACAGUGCCUACAUGCUUUUCUACAAGAGAGUGGAGCUGGAGGAAGAGAACGGCAAAGACUUCAGUUUUGACGUGUCACCUGAUCUACUCGAGUGGAUUUGGCAUGACAACAUGCAGUUUCUUCAGGAUAAGAAUAUAUUUGAGCACACCUACUUUGGGUUCAUGUGGCAGCUGUGUAGCAGCAUCCCCAGCACUCUGCCGGAUCCAAAAGCUGUUUCCCUCAUGACUGCUAAGCUCAGCACAUCUUUUGUUCUUGAGACUUUCAUUCACUCCAAGGAGAAGCCCACCAUGCUGCAGUGGAUCGAACUCCUGACCAAACAGUUUAACAACAGCCAGGCUGCCUGCGAGUGGUUUUUGGACCGGAUGGCUGAUGACAACUGGUGGCCAAUGCAGAUCCUCAUAAAAUGCCCCAAUCAGAUUGUCAGACAGAUGUUCCAGAGGUUAUGCAUUCACGUAAUCCAGAGGCUUCGUCCGGUGCACGCUCAUCUCUACCUGCAGCCCGGCAUGGAGGACGGCUCCGACGACAUGGACGGCCCGGUGGAAGACAUCGGAAGCCGAUCUUGUGUCACUCGCUUCGUUAAAACCCUCCUGUCCAUCAUGGAGCACGGCGUCAAGCCGCACAGCAAGCACCUGACCGAGUACUUUGCUUUUCUCUACGAGUUUGCCAAGAUGGGCGAGGAAGAGAGUCAGUUCCUGUUAUCACUACAAGCCAUCUCCAUCAUGGUGCACUUCUACAUGGGAACCAAAGGCCCUGAGAAUCCUCAGGUGGAGGUUCUGUCUGAAGAAGAGGCGGAGGAGGAGGAUGAAGAGGAGGACAUCUUGUCUCUGGCGGAGGAGAAAUACCGUCCUGCAGCUCUGGAGAAAAUGAUCGCACUCAUUGCUCUGCUGGUGGAGCAGUCCCGCUCCGAAAGACACCUGACCCUUUCCCAGAGCGACAUGGCAGCGCUGACCGGAGGGAAGGGCUUCCCCUUCCUCUUCCAGCACAUCAGAGACGGCAUCAACAUCAGGCAGACCUGCAACCUCAUCUUCAGCCUCUGUCGCUAUAACAACCGGCUGGCUGAACAUAUCGUGUCAAUGCUCUUCACCUCCAUCGCCAAGCUCACUCCCGAGGCUGCAAAUCCUUUCUUCAAGCUGCUGACGAUGCUCAUGGAGUUUGCAGGCGGACCUCCUGGGAUGCCCUCUUUUGCCUCCUACAUCCUCCAGAGAAUCUGGGAGGUGAUCGAGUACAACCCGUCCCAGUGUCUGGACUGGCUGGCUGUGCAGACUCCCAGGAACAAGCUGGCCCACAGCUGGGUGCUGCAGAACAUGGAGAACUGGGUGGAGCGCUUCCUGCUGGCGCACAACUACCCCCGAGUCCGCACAUCCGCCGCGUACCUGCUGGUCUCCCUCAUCCCCAGCAACUCCUUCCGCCAGAUGUUCCGCUCCACGCGCUCACUCCACCUGCCAACGCGUGAGCUGCCGUUGUCUCCCGACACCACGGUGGUCCUCCACCAGGUCUACAACCUGCUGCUGGGGCUUCUGGGUCGCGCCAAGCUGUACGUGGACGCCAGCGUUCACGGCACCACCAAGCUGGUGCAGUAUUUCAGCUUCAUGACCUACUGCCUCAUCUCCAAGACAGAGAAACUCAUGUUUUCUGGAUACUUCAUGGACCUCUGGAACCUCUUCCAGCCCAAACUAUCAGAGCCGGCCAUCGCCACCAACCACAACAAGCAGGCCCUGCUGUCCUUCUGGUACAACGUGUGUGUGGACUGUCCCGAGAACGUGAGGCUGGUGGUGCAGAACCCCGUGGUGACCAAGAACAUUGCCUUCAACUACAUCCUGGCCGAUCACGACGACCAGGAGGUGGUGCUGUUUAACCGGGGCAUGCUGCCAGCGUACUACGGCAUCCUGCGCAUGUGCUGCGAGCAGUCGCCCGCCUUCACCCGCCAGCUGGCGUCGCACCAGAACAUCCAAUGGGCCUUCAAGAACCUGACGCCCCACGCCAGCCAGUACCCCGGGGCAGUGGAGGAACUCUUCAACUUGAUGCAGUUGUUUGUGGCGCAGCGAGCCGACAUGAGAGAAGAAGAGGUGGAGGACAUUAAACAGUUUAAAAAAACCACCAUCAGCUGCUACCUGCGCUGCCUGGACGGCCGGUCCUGCUGGACCACCCUCAUCAGUGCCUUCAGAGUUCUGCUGGAGAACGACGAGGACCGGCUGCUGGUGGUGUUCAACAGGGGACUCAUCCUCAUGACUGAGUCCUUCAACACUUUGCACAUGAUGUACCACGAAGCGACGGCGUGUCAUGUCACUGGAGACCUGGUGGAGCUGCUCUCCAUCUUCCUCUCUGUCCUCAAAGCCACUCGGCCAUAUCUCCAGCGGAAAGAUGUGAAGCAGGCUCUGAUUCAGUGGCAGGAGAGAAUCGACUUUGCACACAAGCUGCUCACGCUCCUCAACUCCUACAGCCCUCCCGAGCUGCGCAACGCCUGUUUGGAUGUGCUGAAGGAGCUCGUACUGCUGAGUCCGCACGACUUCCUGCACACCCUCGUCCCGUUCUUACAGCACAACCACUGCACCUACCACCACAGCAACAUCCCCAUGUCGUUUGGUCCGUACCUGCCGUGCAGAGAAAACAUCAAGCUGAUGGGAGCCAAAAACAACAUCCGCCCUCCGAGGCCGGAGCUCAACAUGUGUCUGCUGCCGUCGUUGGUGGAGAGCAGUAAGGGUAAAGACGAGGUGUACGACAGGAUGCUGCUGGACUACUUCCUGUCCUACCAUCAGUUCAUUCACCUGCUGUGCCGCGUCGCCAUCAACUGCGAGAAGUUUACCGAUACACUUGUUAAACUGAGUGUGCUGAUAGCAUAUGAAGGACUUCCUCUUCACCUUGCACUCUUCCCCAAACUGUGGACGGAGCUCUGUCAGUCACAGUCUGUCAUGGCUAAAACGUGUGUGAAGCUGGUCUGUGAAGACCCGGCCUUCAGCGAGUACAUCAAGUGUAUCCUCAUGGACGAGAGGACGUUCCUCAACAACAACGUGGCCUACUCGUUCCUCACCUGCUUCGUGCACAAGGUGCAGGUGCUCUCUGGGCCCAGCUGCUCUAACUUGAUCGGUGUUUUGGUGACGAGCCUGCUGAGUGAGCAGAGCAACCUCCAGCCUGAGCUGGCCGCUCACCGCGUGGAGCUCAACAAGACCAGCAGCCUGCUCAAUGCUGACCUGAGGGCUUUGGUGCUGCUGCUGUCCGUUCAGCCUCCUCAGGGCAUGGAUCCAGCGCUCUGCCCGGCCCUGCAGGAGCUGCUGGCUCGCUGUCGUCUCUGUCUCCAACAGCGCAGCACGCUGGAGCAGGAGGCCAAAGACCACAAGUCCAAAGCUGAGGAUGAAGGAGCGACUCCAGUGAAGCGGCGAAGGGUGAGCAGUGAAGGCGACCGAGACGGAGCUGCCGCCGCCUCCACCUCCUCCUCCUCCGCUCUCCCGGCCUGUAGCGAGCCCAAGCCUGACGGGCAGGAGGCGCUGACCCCCACCAGCACCUCGGACACGGAGACACGAGACUCCUCCUCCCUCAUAGACCCGGGGACGGAGCAGGACCCACCUUCUCCUGACUCCACCCCGGCCACCUCCGGAAACCUGGAUUCCUUCCCCAAAGAGGAGAAGAUGGAGGCGUCCUCCUCCUCCUCCUCCUCCAUCUCUUCCUCCUCCUCCUCGUGCCUGUUGCAGGAGGCGGGGGAGGGGUUUGUUCAAGGGGAGGAGUGUGAGCCGCAGCAGCAGGGGGGGACGGUGGAGGAGGAUGAGGAGGGGGGGCCGGGGCAGAGAACAACACCUGGCUCCUCAGAGGGGCCUAAAGAGGAGAAGGAUGUGGGGUCUAAGAGCAGCAGCAGCUCCGCCCAAGCCCUCUCAGAGGACGCCUCUUUCCCAUCAGCCCUGGGGUUUGUGGGGGAGGGUUCAGACACCUGCAGCAGUCACACUUCCUCUCCCCCCGUGUUCCCUAGCACCGGCCCCCCACCCGACAUGCUGGACAUGCUGUACAGGACAGUGGAAGCCACCAUCGCCAUAGUAACCAAACUGUCCGUCAAAGGCGCGCCCUCUUCAUGACCACGUCAACUCACAGCUGCCAUGAGAUCUCUAACAAACUUUUGUCUCUUUUCUCUUUUUGGAAAUCUAAAUCUUGCUCUGAGGAGCUGGAGGUUUCCCUGUUUGAGCUCCUCUGCUGUUUCUGUGCUGCUGUUCGUUGCCUUCCACCGACGUUCAGUCGGUCGGCUCUUUUCUCAGCUUCAGUAAUUCUCGCUGUGUUUUAUCGCUCUGAUAGAAACUGACUCCACGCAAAGCCAACCCUUUGUCUGACAAAGAAGAAAAACCAAGUCAUUCAAGCUGCAGCACAUUUUCUUUCUUCCCAAGGGCAAAACGAAAAAAAAAUGUUUUUUUUUUUGUUUUGUUUUUCGUUUUGUGUGCGUGUUUUAUACUGGAUUGAUUUUGUUUUGGACAGUGAUUUUAUUUGUUUGAGGUUUGCUGUAAUGGGGAAAGGUUUACAUAACUUUUGUCUCCUCUGUAUGUAAUUUAAUUUUAUUGCAUUUUUACUGUGUAUAAAAAUGGUCGUCCUCUGUGCCAGUUUUGUACUUUAUGAACGAGGCAAAAGAAAGUUGCCUUGAGUUUUUCUGUGGUUUAAUUAUCCAGAAACUAAGUUUACCUGUAAAUUAAGAGAACCUCAAGAAAUUUGAUUCUGUAAAGAAUCCCCUAGUCAUUGCCUGAAGGUGUAUAUGAAAAACUAUAGAAGUAUAUAAAUAUAUACGAAAUAUCUUUAUAUGAAUAUGAAAAUAUAUAAAUAUAUAAAGUGGUGCUUUAUUUGACUGUGGUUGAAAUAAAGCCCCCAUGUUGGACCAGCUGGAGCUUUUAUUUUCUUUACUAAAGUACAUUCCAUAAUCUAUUGUUUAUUUUUGCUUCUUCUGCUGUGUUCUGAUUUUCUUCUGAUUUUAUUUUAAUAAAGAAUAAAUUAAUAAAAACUG